GCAGAGAGCCACUGCGCCAACCUCUCACACCCGACGGCUGCUCCUGUGUACUACGAGAGCCUGUGCCCAGCAUGCCGGGAGUUCCUGGUCCAGGAGCUCUUCACCACUUGGCUCCUGCUGCCUCCCGAGGCCCUCGACAUCACCCUGGUGCCCUACGGCAACGCCGAGGAGAAGAACGUCAGCGGGAAGUGGCAGUUCCAGUGCCAGCACGGCCCGGAGGAGUGUUUGGGCAACAUGAUCGAGGCCUGCCUGAUGCAUGAGGCCAAGAACUUCAGCACCUACUUCCCCAUCAUCUUCUGCCUGGAGUCAGGCAGUUCCGUCACCAAGAACCUGGAGGCCUGCCUGCAGAUCUACGCCCCGCAGUUGGACGGGGGCCGCAUCGCUGCCUGCGUGCAGGGGGACGUGGGGACUGCCCUGAUGCACCACAAUGCCCAGCUGACUGAGGCACUCGACCCUCCGCACCAAUACGUGCCCUGGAUCGUCAUCAAUGGG